AUGCACGCGUUCGAGUACCCAGGGAAGGAUCCCAGGUUCAAUGAGUCCUCGUACGAGGGUUUCGAGCAAGUUCAGAAGCUUGUCGAUGUUGACGGCGGUCUUGGAGUCACCCUCAACUUGAUCACUUCCAAAUACCCACAUAUCAAGGGUGUUAAUUUUGACCUUACACAUGUGAUCCAACAUGCCCCGCCCUAUCCCGAAGAUUUAUCAGAUGACAAUGUGGACUUUAAUGAAGUUCUAUCUAAACUUCGAAGGAGCAGAGGCCAUAAAGUAGAAUGGGAGUUUGAGGCAGACAUGCUUGCAGCAUUUGGUAAGGAUCCUGAACUGUGCAUGAAGGGCAUCUGUGCUCUUUAUCGGAAGCAGACUGCUGAUGAAAAGAUUGGCAAGUUUACGUAUUAUUCCAAUCAGCAAGGGUUUAGCCACUGUGAUGCACUCAGGGGAAGUAUUUUGGCCAAGUUUCUUACUGAGGGAGAUCCACAAGGUGAUGUGAAGAAAUCUGUGGAGGAGUUGCGGGAGUAUGAUCCCAAGGCACCAGAACUGUGCAGGACACUUGCGACUCACUACUCUAAGCAACUGUUUGCAAUAUACAAGAGCAAAGAAGAUCCUCUUUUUCUCCUAUCUUGACAUGGGCAGCCCUAGAUUCUAUGGCAAGGACAGUGGAAUUUGUAGAUAGCCUGACUUUUAGGUUAGUUAUAGAUUUAUAUGCUUUGCGAGGUAUGAUCAAAGCUGUAUAUUACAGAUAAUAUGUUAGUCCUGAUGAUUUUGCGAGGACUCUUGUCGUUAGUACACCAGAAGAUAUGUGCAAAA